CGCCCUCUUUUUUGAAAACCUCCUCUCCUCUCGCGCCGUCUCCCCCACUCCCCUACCCACAUCCGCAAUUUCCGAUCUGCAAACCCACUCCUCCGAUCGUUGCUUUGGUCGGGGUAUUUUGUGGGCACUACUUUGAAGCAGGUUUUCUUGUAUUGACUUCUGUGAUGAUCAACAGCGAACGUAAUGCAAAUGUAAAGGCUGGUAGUGGGAUUCCCACUCCUGCUCACGAUAAGCAGCUCCCUGGUUCUGUGAAAAAGACGGCCCUCAGAGAUUUGCAGAAUGAAAAUGUGGGAUCAAUUCAUAAGCAGCAAGACUUACUUCCUGGAGGUGGGAAAUCGUGUGGUGACAGAGUUAAGGUUUGUGGAAAUAAAAGGCUUACACCUGAGCGCCCCUCAAGUUCCCAGGGUCUCCCAUACUCAGCCUACAGUGGUACAAAUGAAAAUGUCAUGAACGCACGUAGGAGAUUUGAGCUGGAACUUGGAGUUGGAAGACUUCAUAACAGUGUCGAGAAAAAGAUUGCAAGUUAUUCAGAAGCGAAGAACGCAGCAGCUCAGUUGCUGCAAGAUGUUUCUCAGAAGCCAGUGAAGAAUGGUAAUCUCCAUCAAGGUCCAGUAGUUACACCAAAUAACCUGAAAGCAAUCAUGGCCUUUUCAAGUAGUGGCCCAUCAGUGCCUAAUUCUCUGGGGAAGCAUCGCAAUAGCACUCCAGUUGCUAAGGUUUCUCAAGAGCUUCCUCAUACCGUUGAUCUCAAGACCACAAAUGAUCUCCUAAGAAUUGAAACUGAGCGCUUCAUCCAUCUGCAGAAGUUUCUGAAACAAUGUGACGAAGCUAAACAAAGAGACUACACUCAGACACUCAUGCAUCUGCCCCCUUCAGAGUUGAGUAAGCAUGCUGUGGAGUUGGAGAAACGAGCGAUCCAGUUGACAAUUGAGGAAGGCAACGAGAUGCAGAGGAUGAAGGCAUUGAAUAUUUUUAUCAAGCCUACGCCUGGGGACACUUUGACGGGCCAGCUAUUGCAAGGAAACAAACGUUAACCGGUAAGGCUUGUGGUAACCUUUUGUGCUGGUUAAGAAGAGAUUUGUAUUUCAUGAGACAAAAGCUGAAAACAAAUCUCUGUCUCAUCUAUAUAUUUUAGGUUCUCCUCCUUUUCUUGUUAGGUUGUAAAACUAAGUUCAGCAGUUGCCUCUUUUGUAGCCAUAUUUUGCAAUUCCUCGAUCAUAGAUGCUCUUUAGGAAAUAAGCAUUUAUUAGAAUGUAGCUUCUGUUUCUUGCUUUCGAAUCAUUAAACGUUUCCACGUC